ACCGGGGGCGUGGCCACCCCCAAAAUUGGGGAGGAAGGGCAAAAAAAGCCAGAAAAAGUUUCUUUCCUGGAGUCCCAGGCGAGGUGUGGGGCAGGAAAGGGGGCACGGCCAGAGGCCAGGGCCCCGUGACUGCUGGCUGGAGUCCCCCGUCCCAGGCCAUGUCGGGGCCCACCUGGCUCCCCCCGAAGCAGCCUGAGCCCGCCAGAGCUCCCCAGGGGAGAGCACUCCCCCGAGGCGCCCCCGGGCCGCCGCCAGCCCACGGAGCAGCGCUCCAGCCCCACCCCAGGGUCAACUUUUGCCCCCUCCCAUCUGAGCAGUGUUACCAGGCUCCCCCGGAGGAGCGGGGGCCGGCUUGGGUGGGGUCCCAUGGAGCACCCCAGCGCUCUCAGGGGCUCCCCCCAGACAGGGGGUGCCUGCGCCCAGGAAGUCUGGAUGCUGAGAUAGACUCACUGACCUGCAUGCUGGCGGAGCUGAACGGGGCCCGGGGCCACGCCCCACGGCGGCCAGACCGACAGGCUUUUGAGCCUCCUCAGCCUCCCGCCUACCGCGCUGGCUCCUUGAAGCCGAACAUAGGCGGCCAUCCAUCCCCACCGAUCCCAGCACCCCCCUAUGGUGGCCCCACGCCGGCCUCCUAUGCCACCGCCAGCACCCCGGCUGGCCCAGCCUUCCCUGUGCAAGUGAAGGUGGCACAACCAGUGAGAGGCUGCGGCCCGCCCAGGCGGGGGGCCUCUCAGGCCUCCGGGCCCCUUCAGGGCCCCCACUUUCCUCUCCCAGGCCGAGGUGAAGCCUGGGGGGCUGGCUACAGGAGCCAGCGAGAGCCAGGGGCGAAGGAGGAGGUUGCUGGGGCCUCUGGCCCUGCAGGAGGACGAGGAGGCGGGCACGGGCACCAGGUCCCCCUGAACCAGCCCCCCGAGGAGGAGCUGGAGAGGCUGACCAAGAAGCUGGUGCAUGACAUGAACCACCCGCCCAGCGGGGAGUACUUUGGCCGGUGUGGUGGCUGCGGAGAAGAUGUGGUCGGGGAUGGGGCUGGGGUUGUGGCCCUUGACCGCGUCUUCCACGUCGGCUGCUUUGUGUGUUCUACAUGCCGGGCCCAGCUUCGGGGCCAGCAUUUCUACGCUGUGGAGAGGAGAGCGUAUUGCGAGGGCUGCUACGUGGCCACCCUGGAGAAAUGUGCCACGUGCUCCCAACCUAUCCUGGACCGGAUCCUGCGGGCUAUGGGGAAAGCCUAUCACCCUGGCUGUUUCACCUGUGUGGUAUGUCACCGUGGCCUUGAUGGUAUCCCCUUCACAGUGGAUGCCACCAGCCAGAUCCACUGCAUUGAGGACUUCCACAGGAAGUUUGCUCCACGAUGCUCAGUGUGCGGUGGGGCCAUCAUGCCUGAGCCAGGUCAGGAGGAGACCGUGAGAAUUGUGGCUCUGGAUCGCAGUUUUCACAUUGGCUGUUACAAGUGUGAGGAAUGUGGGCUGCUGCUCUCUUCUGAGGGUGAGUGUCAGGGCUGCUACCCGCUGGAUGGGCACAUCUUGUGCAAGGCCUGCAGCGCCUGGCGCAUCCAGGAGCUCUCCGCCACUGUCACCACUGACUGCUGAGCCUUCCUAGAAGCAACUGCUGGGCUCUCGUUCCCGUCGAUCACCCUCCCCGAUGUCUGCCUUUACAACGUUGCCACCAAGUGCUGUCUUCUUUUUCUCCAAUCAUGAAAUAAUAAUCCCUCAAAGAGUUUAC